GAGAGAGAGAGAGAGUUGGAGGGAAAAAGAGAAGCACCACUCGGGGUUUGCCAGCGGUCGUGCGCGCUCUUCCAACAUCGAUUCCGUCCUCUGUUCUUCUUUUUUUUUUUUCGCUCUUCAUUCGUUCCUUGCUACCCCCCUCCUUGUUGUGGUCCUCUCCCUCUCUCUUACUCUAUCUCUACUCUUCUCUUUCUCUGCUCUUCCUCCCCUCUCCCUCCCUCUCUGUCCUUCUGUAUGAGCUGAAUACGGAGCACACCGAUCUGAACAGACAUCACCAGCCUCUUUGCCAAACAUUUUUUCUCUUGCAGUAUUCCUGCUUUUUUUUUUCCCCCUCUGGUAGCGAGUACCACAUUUUUUUGUGACUUCAAGCAAUUUUACUGCUCACUCUGCUUCUCCUAACUGUGUCUGGGCUGGCAAUGACAUCAGUUUUUAUUUUUGUCAACUUUUUUUUUCCUGCAUUUCCUUUGACAUAUUAAAAUUCCACUUUUAUCUUCUUUAUUUUACUCUGUGCUGAUAUAACACAUUCACCCUGACGCAAAUUCUGUUUGACAUUUUUCUCUAAUUACCUUUUUUCUCCUGCUACUGUAAUAUUUUUAAGAAUAUUAUAUCGCAGCAAUAAUUAGGACAUGUGGUGUUGACUAGAGCACAGAGACGAACUUCUUGACUUUUUUGUUUUUUCUUUAUUUUUGAGUCGCGGUGUUUAUGAUGAAAGUGCAAAAUGGAUGAGUUCCACCCCUUCAUCGAGGCGCUGCUCCCGCACGUGCGCGCCUUCUCCUACACCUGGUUCAACCUGCAGGCGCGCAAGCGCAAGUACUUCAAGAAGCACGAGAAACGCAUGUCCAAGGACGAGGAGCGCGCCGUCAAAGAUGAGCUGCUGGGUGAGAAGCCCGAGAUCAAGCAGAAGUGGGCGUCGCGCCUGCUGGCCAAGCUGCGCAAGGACAUCCGGCCCGAGUUCCGCGAGGACUUCGUGCUCACCGUGACGGGGAAGAAGCCGCCGUGCUGCGUGCUGUCCAACCCCGACCAGAAGGGCAAGAUGAGACGCAUCGACUGUCUGCGGCAGGCGGACAAGGUGUGGCGUCUGGACCUGGUGAUGGUGAUCCUGUUCAAGGGCAGCCCACUAGAGAGCACAGACGGCGAGCGGCUGGUCAAGUCGCCGCAGUGCUCCAACCACAGCCUGUGCGUGCAGCCGCACCACAUCGGCGUCUCCGUCAAGGAGCUGGACCUCUACCUGGCCUACUUUGUCCACUCGCCAGAAUCGGGACAAUCAGACAGUUCCAGCCAACAGGCAGACUCAGACAUUAAACCCCCACCAAAUGGGCACGUGAGCUUCCAGGACUGCUUCGUAACGUCCGGCGUUUGGAACGCAGCUGAGCUUGUACGAGUGUCACAGACUCCUGUUGCCACGGCGUCUGGUCCCAAUUUUUCAUUGGCUGAUCUGGAGAGUCCUGGUUACUACAACAUCAACCAAGUAGCACUGGGCCGACGCUCCCUGACAUCACCACCAUCUACCAGUGGGUGGUGCUCCAGGGCUGAGGUGGAGUUAUACGCAAGUCUUCCUCGGAGCUCCACUAAGCGUAAGUCUAUAGAUGACAGUGAGAUGGACAGCCCGGUGGACGAUGUCUUCUACUCCACACGCUCUCCUGCUGGAACCAGCUCACAGUCCAGUGGCUGGCCCAACGAUGUAGACACAGUGCAGCACCACUUGGCGAGUGUUCAGGAGAGGAAGAUAAAACAUGAAAAUGAUGGCGUGCAGUUUCCAUACCAUGGGCUGUCCUCUCCCGGGUCUCUAAAGAAGCCGACGGGGAAAUUCGAUUUCGGCGCUCUGUCGGCUCAGACGAGGUCCCCCCGCAUGGCCUUCACACAUCACCCACUGCCCAUGCUGGCAGGAGUGAGACCAGGGAGUCCUCGUGCCUCUGCCUCAGCCCUUCAUUUUCCCUCUCCAUCCAUCAUCCAGCAGUCGGGCCCUUACUUCAGCCACCCCACCAUCCGCUACCACCACCACCAGGACCCGCUCAAGGAGUUUGUGCAGUUUGUCUGCGCUGAUGGCACAGGCCAGCCUGGCACUCAGCCUAACGGGAGUGGUCAGGGCAAAAUGACCGGCUCUUUCCUGUUGCCUCCACCUCCUCCGGUGGCACGGCCGGUUCCCUUUCCCCUGCCUGACCCCAAACCCAGCCCCACACACCCCGACGGGGGACUCGGCUCACCCACAUCGCCCUCAUACUCCACGGCAAGCUCCACAGCUCCCAACAGGUUUGUCGGCAUCGGAGCACGGGACAACUUUCUAAACAUCCCACAACAGACACAGUCUUGGUUCCUUUGACACGAUCUUUCUGAUACAUACAGACACCAAGUCUGUAACUGAAACAGGAAAACACAAAGCUAGGUAUGGACCACUAUUAGCAAAUCACUCGCACCCACCCCGAUCGACUUGAUCUGCGCGGAUCCUAAAACCAUCAGCACAAGCCCUUGAAUGAGGAAUGUUCCUUGUGAUUUUUCAAAAACUGGAAAACUUCUACAUGAUUCUGAAAAUCUGGAAAAAGGAAAAAAAA